AUGAACGACAUGGUUUUCGGCACCCAGGAGCAGAUCGUUCCGAUCCUGGACCCCGUGGUUACUCGCAACCUCGAGGCCCGCUUCGACCAGGGCGACAAGAUCAUCGCCGAGUAUGUCUGGAUUGACGGCACCGGCAUGGGCCUGCGCUCCAAGUCGCGCACGCUCGACAAGAGCAAGGCCAAGGGCCCCGCCAGCGAGCUCCCGGUGUGGAACUACGACGGCUCCUCCACCGGCCAGGCCCCGGGCGACGACUCCGAGGUCUACCUGAAGCCCCAGGCGAUCUACAAGGACCCCUUCCGCGGCGGCGACAACAUCCUCGUCAUGUGCGACACGUACGAGCCCCCGAAGAUCGUCGACGGGAAGGAGCAGCCCAUGAAGCCCAUCCCCACCAACACCCGCGCUCCGUGCGAGGAGGUGAUGAAGCAGGCCAUGCACCAGGAGCCCUGGUUCGGCAUCGAGCAGGAGUACACGCUCCUGCACCCCAACACGCAGUGGCCGCUCGGGUGGCCGACCAACGGCUACCCGGGGCCCCAGGGGCCCUACUACUGCGCGGCGGGCGCGGGCCGCUCGAUCGCGCGCGACGUGGCGGACAUGCACUACAAGGCGUGCCUGCACGCGGGGAUCAAGAUCUCGGGCGUGAACGGCGAGGUGAUGCCCGCGCAGUGGGAGUACCAGGUCGGGCCGUGCAUUGGCAUGGAGAUGGGCGACAUGCUGCAGAUGUCGCGCUACAUCAUGCACCGCAUCUGCGAGGCGUACAACGUGAUCUGCACGUUCGACCCGAAGCCGGUGCCGGGCGACUGGAACGGCGCGGGCGGGCACACGAACUACUCGAACAACGACACGCGCGCGCCCGGGACGGGGUACGACGCGAUUAUCGCGCAGUGCGAGAAGCUGAAGAAGAACCACGCGGCGCACAUCGCGGCGUACGGCGAGGGCAACGAGCGCCGCCUCACGGGCCUGCACGAGACGUCGAGCAUCCAUGACUUCUCCUACGGCGUCGCCAACCGCGGGUGCUCCAUCCGCAUCCCGCGCGCCGUGCCCGUGGACAAGUGCGGCUACUACGAGGACCGCCGGCCGGCGUCGAACCUGGACCCCUACGUCGUGACGAAGAUGAUCGUCGCCACCACGCUGCUCUAA